AUGUCAUCAGCUCGGAAAGCGAUCAUCACUUUAAGCUCGACUACUAUUCGGGUUCUUGUCUAUGUAGAAGAAGCACAUGUAUCCGCCUUCAAGUCUUUAUUGACGGGUGUCCCAUCAACUACUUCAAAGGCUGCGAGCCGAGCAACAAUCGGGGUCAAUAUAUUUCUGUCUCUUCUUGCGUUUGAUUUCAUGCUGCGAGGCCUCCUAUUUUACCCAACGAAUGAACUUUCAUUCUCUCGCGUCGGAUACGUAUCUUCAACCACGGCAAAAAUUCUUGUUCGAGAGCCAAAGCAAAAUCUGCCCCUUCGUAUAUCAUACCAGGAGCUUAGCGACGAUCGAGCUGGCCCGGCAGUGACAGUGGGAACCUUGGACCCUCUAGAUGAAUCAACAGAUUUUACGUACCCGGUUUCGAUUACUGGGCUUAAUCCUUCAACUAAAUACCGGUACUCGUUGUCCAACAAUCAAUCUGGGGAGUUCACUACGGCACCGGAACUCGGCUCUCCCAAGUCGAAAGAGCUGACAUUUGUAACUUCGAGCUGCAUAAAACCGAAUUUUCCCUACAACCCCUUUUCCCAUCCUUUCCAAAUUCAUGGGAUUGACGUCCUCACUUCGACAUUGACAAGAUUGGGCGAGGCGCUUCGCCCUUCCUUUAUGCUCUUCUUAGGUGAUUUUAUCUAUAUUGACGUACCAUGGCGAUUUGGGUCAUCCGUACAGCAUUACCGAAGCGAGUAUCGCAGGGUUUACUCCUCGCCUAGUUGGCGUAUUCCUCCAGAUUCCCCUGCUAAUAUCCCAUGGAUCCAUACUCUGGACGAUCAUGAAAUCGCCAACGACUGGGCCUCUGGAAAUUCCACUCCUCCGUACCCAGCAGCUGUGGAUCCAUACUUGCACUAUCAUGUCAACGUUAACCCUCCAAUACCAGAACACCCACAUUCCAUUCCGUCUAACACAAGUUAUUUUUCAUUUAUCAACGGCCCUGCUUCUUUUUUCCUUUUGGAUACGAGAACUUAUCGCUCUGAGCCGUCCCGCGAGGACUCUAGCAUGCUAGGCUUCGCGCAGCUACAGGCGCUGAUCGAAUAUAUCUUACGCCCGGAGUCGGAGGGGGUAAAAUGGAAAAUCAUCACUAGUAGCGUGCCGUUUACUAAAAACUGGCAUGUGGGUACGCCGGAUACCUGGGGUGGCUUUCUGAAAGAAAGGCGGACGAUUUUCGAAGCCAUGUGGAAAGCAGAACUCGAACUUGGUGUACGGAUUGUUCUCCUAAGCGGUGACAGACAUGAGUUUGCCGCCACGCGGUUUCCAGAUCCAAUCCUUUCAUCUACCUCGGCCCCGGAGCCAUUUUCUGGUGCUGGAAGAGGUAUUCAUGAGUUCUGUGUCGGCCCACUCAGCCAGUUUUACCUUCCGGUGAGAUCGUAUCACCAGGAGGAUGAUGAAGAUGUGGCUAUCAAGUACGUGCCAGAUGGAAAUUUCAAGUUUGGCCUUAUUAGUAUCAAAGCCGAUGAGAGUGAACAGCCUACCUCACGCCUGACGUACUCGUUGUAUGUUAAUGGAAAGGAGACUUGGAGAUACACGCUCGAGACUCCUUUGGCGGCUACGAGGGGUCGUGCGCUUCCUCCCGGAAAAGUGGUGUUCGACUACGUCGAUAAUUGGGAAGAGCAAGUGAGGCAAAGGGCCGGAAAAUGGGCGGCCUACGCUGGUGAGAGAUCCGGCUGGCUCGGGCGAGCUAUGGGCAAGGCUCGGGAUGAAUUCCUCCGGAGCGCUAGGGUUGAUGAAGCAUAGACCUGAAGGUGGUCUGCUGCCUAUUUCGCUGUUAGUUCCUCCCAUUUGUAUAUUUACAGUUUUCUCAGCACUGUCGUUCCGAUUCCCACCCCCCCUU